AUGGACCCUCUAGCUGACCCCCGGACAAAGCAUCUUUAUAUAACUCCGUGCUCGCCGUACCGUCGCUUCGCCAAAGUACUGCCAGGCAGGCAGGAGCUAUACGAUGCCGUCGCAGGCGAUGAUCUGGACAGUCUGCGCAACUAUCGGGCGUACUGGAAUACUCCAAUUUGCACGUAUAGACAGCCAGGCUAUGGAGAGAUAUUUACUACUCCCCAACUGUGCCUGCUCCUGCAGCAAGAACGGCUCUUGAAUUAUUUGCUGGCAGAUCCUUUCACUGACGUCGAGGCAAGGUCGUCUCCGAGUGGUUGGACCCUGCUUAUGAUCGCUUGUGCAGCAGAUGUACACUGCGCCCUACUUACCAUUAUUGUCUUGUCCUUACACAUAUUGUUAGCUCGAGCUGCUUCCUUAAUAGACUUCACUUACUUUGCAUAUUAUUUAGCGAAGCUUGUAACGAAGAGCGUAGCAAAACGAAUGGGACGCAGUGUCUACGCCACAAGCAACAUAUGCAACGCGAUGUUUGGGGUGCUGUGUGGAGCUACUCAGGCUUCCCUUGGUAUCGUGAGUUUAAUACUGCAACGAGCCAAAAGCAAACGGCACAUAAACGCCAUCAGCGCCUCUGGAAACACUGCGUUGGACUGCACCCGCCCAGUUUAUUUGUUUCUUCUCGACCGAGGGGCUCUCCUAGCAGAGGAAAUCCAUGGAGCCUCAGAUUCCAGCGAUGCCGAAGUUCGUGUUGAAAAUAUGGAUGGGAGAGAGACGGGUUCAUGGGACCGGGCAAACAGAAGGCUGAAAGAACUACACGGUAGCAAACAUGCCAAGGAUGAGACUCACGAACAGGGCAAAAGAGCAGGUCAAGUUGGCAGGCUUGUUGAAUCGCAUCAGCCAAAUACGUCAUCCUUGGCUAGGGCUCCCCAAAGUCUCACGUCCUCCCUUCGCAGUGAAACGCAAGUGGAGCUCCCCAGGACUUAUGCCCGGGCAUCCAUGUCACUUCCAGAAGUUUUAGGUGGCAAGGAGGCGGCCCUGACGAAAAGGGCGCCGGUAAGCCUUUCGAAGAGAGGCGUCUAUUGGGGGAGCAGACCAAAGGCCAGGGGAUCUGCAGAUAGCACCCAAAUGAAUGCAAAGCCUCUGUCACCAGGGCGCUCACAGACAGACGGUGCGAUACAGGAUACAAACAAUGUACGACCUUCCGCACUGGAACUUCCUUAUGGGACGUUCAACAGACAGUCUGGCGGCCAGUGGCAAGCUGAUUCGAUGGAGCAUUCAAGGGGGUCGCCUGCUGCUAAGGGAAUCGAAAAGGCCGUUGCACCAACACAUGUACAGCCUGAAGACAGCAAACGGGAGGAUGCAGACAUUGGCAAUUCUUCAGCAGUGGAACAACAACCCCCAGCGAACUCCAGUCGAUCAGCAGGCAGCGCGCGGCAAGCGUAUUCGAGUACGCAUUCGAAGGGAUCGCCUGCCGCCAAGUCUACGGGGAGACUUCCGUCCCUUCCUGGAGGGGAUCAGGCCUCGGAAGUUUCUAGCACUUGGUUAUUGCCACAAAAGGAAAGUAUCACACAUACUGAUUCUGCCAUGACGGACCCACCACACGAAGGCUCCAGCGAUAUGAAAAACACUUCGCCCACUUCGGCGGCCGUGAAAGCGUACGACCGCACCGCUACAGAGCCCGUGUUGGAAAAUACUCUGGCGAAACGGUUUCGCAGCUUUGCCUCGGCGGACUCUGUUCGCCGACGGCCGAACAGCGCAAUCGACGUCCCUUUUGGCAAAGGCGAACAACCGCAGCAAACUGACUCGCCGUGCAGCAGUGGGCGCUCUUCUGCUGAAGCAGAGGGCUCGCUUACACCUCAGGGCAGGACAGAUAUUACUUCCAGGGAUUCUGAAUUACUUGUUGAAGGCGGAUCACAAGUAAGCCAACCGGCUUCGACCGAUAGAGCAUCAGAAGGAAGCCAGAUAGCAGGUCCAAGGCAAAGCUCUAUGGAAGACGAAGACCACGCUCGAGAUGCGAUUGAUACAGUAAGAAAACCUCAACUCGACGGGUCUGAUGAAAGCAAUAACGUAAUUACAGCUGAGGAAGCCACUUCUGAUUCAGAUGGAGAAUUGUGGCAGCGAGAAUCCAGUCCCUCUCUGAAAAGCCGUGAUAAAUGGAAUUCGACAUCGAAGCAACUGUCACUAUCUCCAUCUCUCAAGAAUAUUGGAUCAGGAGAUACAGAAUCACAAACCCUAAACUCCGGCGUGGCUGUGGUGCCACGCAGCCAACAAGAGCUACUUUCACCAACAAUUACAGCAGGAACAGCGGAGGCUCUCUAUCCCGCCAGCCAGAGGCUCUCUACCUCGCAAGAUGAUUCGCUAUCGGGUGGACAGAAGACGAUGAUUUUGCACGGGGACUCCGAUGUGCUGGAAACCCUCGACCCAGAUGUGCCUGUACUCAUAUCGAGGCCGUCUACUGAGAAACCGGCAUCGCAAUCGCCUCCUAGGUGA